GGCGCGGCACGUUGGCUCUCGAGGUCCCCCCAUCUGCCUCCCCGGAGCCCCGCCCGGCCCCGCCCCCUUUCCCGGCUCUGUAGGCUCCUCGGUGGGCUGAUCCGAGGCGAGGCCGGGGCCCGGGUAGGGGCGAGGCGAGGGCGGGGCGGGCCCGAGAACGGAGCCGAAGCCUGGGACGCGACGGUAGAGACGCGACUGUGGGCUGGUCUGUCCUCACACACUUUUUCACUCUCACACGCACGCACGCGCACACCCAUACACCCACACGCCCCCCUGGACUCCAGGCGCUCCCAGAGGCGGAGCAGGAGUAUCAGCUCGCGGGCACUGCCGCAGCCGAGAGCCACGGAUUCGGGUUUCUUCUUCGGCUCGGAGCAGAGUAGGAGUAGCUGGAGCCGGAGUCACCAAGGUUACCCUUUCACUCAUGGAAAAAUGGAUCAUUUCAACCCUUGGAGAACUCAGCAUUCACAACGUUUAGAGCUUACUUUAAGUCAUUUAACUUCCAUUUCAAUAUCAUAGAACUUGCUGAAGAACUGAAAUUAGAUAUUUUGUUUAAAAAAAAAACUUCAAUGUAGUUCUAUGAAUUAUCAUGACAUAACUGCCAUGUCCAAGAAGGUUGAGACAAACAAUAGAUGCUAUGCCCAGGACUAGUGUCUUCUGCAAUGUGACUUUUCAUUCAGUCUCACAUGUGCACUAGCUACUGUAUCAUAGCAAUAUAUUCUACUGUCAAAUUUUGUUUUCUUUUGCAAGAAAAAAAAGGAACACUAAUCAACAAUAGCAAGUUAUAACUAAAAUUUAAAUGUCAAAAAUGUAUAUAGCCUAGAUGAAGAAACUAGGAAAUCUAAGUUGAACCAGAACCUUUUUAUAAAUUUAGAACCUCUACUAAGUGGAUUUUAUGUUAUGGCAGCAGCAUACAGGCUUGUGGUUAGCACUGUGAACUAUUACAACAGUGUUGUCAUAGAUCAGCGCUUUCAGCAGGCUAUACAUUAUUGUACUGGAACUUGUCAGACCUUCAGACAUGGAGUUGACUGUAUUGUGGUACAUCAUAGUGUUUGUGCAGAGCUCUUGCAUAUCCCUGUCUCUGGUGUCAAAAAUGCAGCACAUAAUCCUAUAUUUUUACCUGAGGAAAAUAGUCUUUCCUUGGCUGAGAGUGAAGAAAACCAUCAAGUCCUCCCUGGUAUACCUAAGGUCAAGAAAGUUUCUGUGGUACAAAGCACCUGCAACGUAAAAGACAUUGCAGGAGAAGCAAUCAAUUUUGCCAGUGGAAAAAUCAAGGAAUUUUCUCUUGAAAAACUUAAGAACUCUAAUCAUGUAACUUACAGAAAAGGAAGAAAAGUUAAGAGUGACUCAUUUAAUAGGCGAUCAGUUGAUUUUGACCUGAUCUUUGGUCAUUAUGGUAGUGAUGGGAACUAUCCAUCCUUUGGUUUACUCCGGAGUUCCUCACUUGAUGAAAAAUCUGUGCCCCAUAGUAAUUUACUUGAAACAAAUAUGGCUUCUUUGUUUCUCCAAAAUUUGUCUGAAGAAAAUCUGAUUACCCAGAUAUUGGAAAAACAUAAGUUGGACAGCUCUUCUUCUGGGACAGAUAUAAAAAUGUGCUUGGAUAUCUUGCUGAAGUGCUCUGAGGACUUGAAAAAAUGCACAGACAUCAUAAAGCAAUGCAUAAAGAAAAAAUCAGGGAGCAAUAUCAAUGAUGGAAAUAGUCAUGAUUCAUUUUCAAAUUCAGAAACUAUCUAUAUGAAUGUAAUGACCAGGUUGGCUUCCUAUCUAAAAAAGAUACCAUUUGAAUUCAUGCAUUCUGGACAUAAUGAGAAUACAGACUUGACUGAAUUUAUUAGUAAUUUGCCAAACUUAGAGCCAACUCCCUUUUCCCCAAUAUUUGGCACUGAACAGCCCCCUAAAUAUGAAGAUGUUGUCCACUUAGCACCAGAACCAGGGCAGUUCCAUUCAGUUGAAUUUCAAGACAAACAUGAGAGUGUUAAAACUGGAACAGUGAAAUCUAUUCAGCCUAAUUCCACAAAAGGUCCUUCAAAUUCCUUACAAAGUUUAGAGCUAAAUGACCCCAGAACUACAGAAAUUGUCCAACUUAAACCACAGACUUUAACUGUGAAUCCGCUGGAAAGUGUUUCUUCUACUGAUUUCAUGGAAACUCUUUAUAUAGAGGAAGAAUCAGAUGGGAGAAAAGUAUUUGAUAAGGAAAAAAGAGCUGAGAACAGCUUUAAUCAGGAAUCUUUAGAUAUGAACAAAGCUAAACCAGAAUUUACAAACCAUAAUAACAAUCUUGAAAAAUCUCCUACCUUAGUACAAGCUGAAACUCUUGGCAAGGUGGUUGAAAAAACAACUUUUGCCUUAUCCAAGGAGAAUCCUCCAUCCAAAGUCACUAAAGUUGAAGAUAGAGAUCAUAUAGGGACUAUGAAACAUAAUAAUCAAGAAGAAAUAGAUAAACUAUUAUUGGACUUGGAGUGUUUCUCACAGAGAAUGGAAAACACAUUAAGGGAGCCUCUUGCCAAAAGUUGUGAUACUGAGUCUUUAAACAACCCUACUCCUUUGGCUGGGCAGAUACCUUUGGAUCUUGAACCCAAAUUUAAUGACUCUUCACUUUCAGAAAAAUCUCCGUCUUCCUGUUUGACAAGAAUUAUGGAAACCAAUGGACAUAAAAUAGAGGAAGAGGAUCGUGCUCUUUUGUUGCGUAUCCUAGAAAGCAUUGAGGACUUUGCUCAAGAACUAGUUGAAUGCAAAUCAGGCAGAGGAAGCUUAUCACAGGAAAAGGAAAUGAUGCAAAUUUUGCAGGAAACUUUGACAACUUCCUCCCAGGCUCGAUCAUCAGUAUGUCAAAAUCAUACAAAUGCUAAAAUUAAAGAUAGUACUGCAGUGGUUUUGAUUCAGCAGAGUCCUGAGGUAAUCAAGAUUCAGAAUAAGCAAGAAAAGAAACUUGGAACACCACUUGUACCUGCAUCAGGUGUUGGAAGCAGCCCCCAACCUCUCUCUCCUCUCCUUCGUGUGAAUAAUGUUGCUAUCAAUGUGCCAUUAUCCAUAAACAUUCCACAGUUCUACUUCCCUAAAGGACUUCCAGAUACAUGUGCAAACCAUGAACAGACACUAAACAGAAUUGAAUUGGCCUUCAUGGAACUUGAAGAUCAGAAAGCAGAUAUUUACGAAAUGGGGAAAAUUGCAAAGGCAUGCAGCUGCCCUUUCUAUUGGAAAGCCCCCAUGUUCAAUGCUGCAGGGGGUGAAAGGACAGGAUUUGUGUCUGUACAUUCAUUCAUAGCCAUGUGGCGAAAGUUGCUGUAUAAUUUCCAUGAUGAUGCAUCUAAGUUUGUCAGUCUUCUAGCAAAACCCAAUUGCAGUUGUCUGGAACAGGAGGAUUUUAUUCCUUUACUUCAGGAUGUCGUGGAUACACACCCUGGCCUCACGUUCCUUAAGGAUGCUCCAGAAUUCCAUUCCCGCUAUAUCACUACGGUUAUUCAGAGAAUAUUCUACACAGUCAACAGAUCCUGGACUGGCAAAAUCACUUUGACAGAACUAAGGAAAAGCAACUUUUUGCAAACAUUAGCCCUUUUGGAAGAAGAAGAAGACAUAAAUCAAAUCACAGAUUACUUCUCCUAUGAACACUUCUAUGUCAUUUACUGUAAAUUUUGGGAAUUAGACAAUGAUCAUGACCUCUACAUCAACCAAACUGAUCUAUUUAGAUAUAAUGACCAAGCAUCAUCAAAUAGAAUUAUUGAAAGAAUAUUUUCUGGAGCAGUGACAAGGGGGAAUGUUGUACAAAAAGAGGGAAGAAUGAGCUAUGCAGAUUUUGUGUGGUUUCUAAUCUCUGAAGAAGAUAAAAAAAAUCUAACAAGCAUUGAAUAUUGGUUCCGCUGCAUGGAUUUGGAUGGGGAUGGUGUGCUCUCCAUGUAUGAACUUGAAUAUUUCUAUGAAGAACAAUGUGAAAGAAUGGAAGCCAUGGGUAUUGAACCAUUGCCAUUCCAUGACUUGCUCUGCCAGAUGCUUGACCUAGUAAAACCAGAACUUGAUGGCAAAAUAACACUCAGAGACCUAAAAAGAUGCAGAAUGGCUCAUAUUUUUUACGACACCUUCUUUAAUCUGGAGAAAUACCUGGACCAUGAACAAAGAGAUCCCUUUGCAGUGCAAAAGGAUGUUGAGAAUGAUGGUCCUGAACCUUCUGAUUGGGACAGAUACGCUGCUGAGGAAUAUGAAAUUCUUGUUGCAGAGGAAUCUGCCAGUGAGCAGUUACAAGAAGGCUCCUUUGAAGAAUAUGAAGCAGAUGAACCUGUUCCUCCUUCUGAACUUGGAAACAAAGGGGACAAAAUUGUCAUCUCAGGCCUUUCAGAGAAAUGUGGAAAGCUUCAUUCAGUAGAUGAAGAGUAGCCAGCACACAACUAUUUUAAAUUUUAUUUCCUCAUGCAAAGGAUAUUUUAUAUACUGCCACUUAAAAUCUUUCAUGUCUGUAAAUGUAUCAAUUGCACUGGAUUAAUUUUAAAUGGUUUUGUGCAAUAGGUUUGAAUGCACAUUCUAAAUUGGGGUAAAUAAUUUCCUUUACAACAGCUAUAUAGCUAUCUAUCAAUUUUCCUUAAUGCUACAUACUUUGGAAAUGAAAAAAAUGUUUAUAUCGAAAAUUAUCAUUAAAAAAAAUUAUCAGUUCUGCAUUAUGUUAGGGCUAUUCUGCACAUAAGUGCUCAAAAACUUUAGGCAGUAUCUCCUAGCUUUUUCACUGUGUCCCUUUAAAUGUAAGAUAUAUAUGGUUCACUCACAAGGCAUGAAAAUUAAACCUGAACUCAAAUGUACUUGUCCCCUGGGUAUAAGUGUUUUUUCAAAGUUUUUUCUUUUAGUUAUAAACAUGAACUACAGUACAAAGAUCAACUUGCUCAGCCGUUGUAGUUUUAUAAUUAAUAAACCAAAUUACUAAAGUUAGUUCACCCUCAAGUGUUAUGAACUAACUACUUAGGAGUUACAAUUCUUCUUUCAAAGCAAGAUAAAUUUCUUUCUCCCUACUAUUAUUACUUUCUUUCAAAAUAAACUUAUUUAACCACAAUCCACUUGUUUAAAUUUCUGGAUUGGACUUUCCUAGAAAAAUAGAAAAUUUUAAUUCUUUUCAUAGAGAAAAGUAAACCUGUAUUUGUCCCCUGUGGAGGCAUGAAGUAGUUCCAAACAUGUUUACAUUUCUUGUAAUGUUGUUCCCUGCAACUACACUGCCACCAAAUUCUAUAUUAUCUAAUAACAUUGUCUUACUUUGAAAAUAAUGGGAUAAUGGAUAGUAAAUAAUGAUGAAAACUUGGAAAUACUUUAAUAGAAAGCCACAGGCUCCUAAACUUUUAUGCCAAAACUACUAGUAGUAACCAAAUUUAGUUCAUUUUGCUCUCACUGUUCUCUUUUGGUGAAAGAUGCAAUGAAAAAAGUGAAAAGACCCAGGGAAAUUCAGAAUAUGUAACUUUUAAAUCAGUCAAUAAUUCCUUUUACUUCAAAAGUGAGAAUCCCAAUUGCUUUAGUUUGCUUUACCCUUCAUAACUAGAAAGGUCAUUUAAAUUCAAAAGAGAAAUUUAUAGUAACAAAUUCUUACUUCCCCCCAGAAAGAACUCGAGAUGAAACUGACCAAUCUGUAGAAAACAUAAAUUUGUGACAACCUCAAUAAACCUAAUGUUAAUGCUUCUUUUCCUGAUACAAGUAAUUGCAUUUACCUAUUAAUUAACCAAUAUAAUUUUCCAACAGAAGAAAUCAAUUUUCUCAUCUUGCAUGGUAUGAAAAAAGGGUAAUACUGAUUUUUCUAAUAAUUAAAAUAAAUGUAGUGUAUAGAUGAUCUGCCAUUCAUAAUGGCCUACAUACUGUUUCACUUAAGACUCAGGAAAGAACAAAAUUAAAAUUCAGUCCUGUAUUUUAAAAUAAUACAAACUAGGCUUGUUUCCUUGCUUUCUUUUGGCCUAGUUUGACGUUCCUUCUCUACUAAAUUCCCCAUGCUUUUAAAAUUUAAGUUAUAUGUAAUUUUGUAUUUUAUUCUUUAAGUAAAAACACAAUGGCCAAAGCCAUUAAAAAUGACAAAAAAAAAAAAAUUUAGAUCAAAAUCUAAUGCUCUCAGGCACAUUUUUUAAAACAAAACUCAGUAUAUGAGAACAGAUUUAAUGUUAAAUAACAUUUUUUAAAAAGCAGUCUGUAGAACUGGGUAGCAUGUUUUGUCAUCACUACCUACUUACUACAGAAAUCAUGCUAAUAGUCACAUUUUUCCAAAACUGGCAAUACCACAUCACAAUUCCCUGUUACAUCUUCAUGUCUGAUACUUUCCGUGUUAAUUUAUUUUGGUAUUAAUACUAUGCAACACAAAAUAAAUUUCAAUAGCAUAGCACUAAUUGCUAUGAGGCAGACUAAUUAAAUUUAAUUUUAUGGCUUUUCUCCAUGCAUCUUAUCUCAUUUCUUUGUAUAAUAUUUGAGUAGUGUUUCCAGUGGCUAAAGAUAGAAUCAAUUAAGUUGAAUGACUUGUGAAAACUUGGAAAAUUUGUUGGGGGAGGGAGGGGGGGAGGAGAUGGGGGAGAGGGAAUAAGAGGGGUGCAUGGUUUUAUCUUUGAUUCACUGUUUUCCCCCCUUUUUGACAACCAAAUAAAGGUAUAUGCAAAGAUGAAAUAUUUACUAAACUAAUCUAGAAUAUUUGAAUUAAAACUAACUUUAAGAGGUCAGAUCUGUGUAACCUAUAAGCUAUCCCUUCUACAAUAUCCUUAAUAAAUGGUCCAUUCAAACAGCA